CGCCCGGGCGCAGCUGGCGCGGUCGGUCUAGUGCAGCGCUCGGCUCCGCGCCUCGGGCGCUCGGCUUCACCUUCAGAGGCGCGGGGCGUGCGCGUCCUCCUCCUUGGGCCCGCCGCCUCCCCGCCAAGGUGCUCGCUGCGCCUGCCAUGCUCUCCAGGUAGGAUCUGCACGUCUUUGUGGCGGGAACAUCUCUGCAGCUGCGACGCAAAAGACUUAUCUGAAGAUGGCGAGAUAAGACCUUGUCCGGCAGGCCCCUGUGACAGAGAGCUGAGCCCGCCUCCUCGGGGCGAGCCCUCGUCCUGGAGAUGGAUCGCAACCGAGAGGCUGAGAUGGAGCUGAGAAGGGGCCCCAGCCCCGCCAGGGCCAGCAGGAGCCCCGAGGUGGAUGGGGACAGGGCCACAAGCCACAGCUGCUGCAUCUGCGGCAAAAGCUUCCCCUUCCAGAGCUCGCUGUCGCAGCACAUGCGCAAGCACACGGGGGAGAAGCCCUACAAGUGUCCCUACUGCGACCACAGGGCGUCCCAGAAGGGCAACCUGAAGAUCCACAUCCGCAGCCACCGCACGGGGACUUUGAUCCAGGGCCACGAGCCCGAGGCGGGCGAGAUGCGCGUGUCAGAGGGCCUGGACGGCUGCGCCAGUCCCACGAAAAGCACGUCGGCCUGCAACAAGAUCCUGAACGGGGCCACCCAGAUGGACAACAGCAAGAUCCUGCUGAGGAGCAGCAAGAAGGAGACGGAGGGCACCGCGGGUGCCCCCGAGGAGGGCAAGGCCGGAGCCGCUCAGUGCUCCUUCUGCAAGAGCAAGUUCGAGCGGAAGAAGGAUCUGGAGCAGCACGUGCACCAGGCGCACAAGCCCUUCAAGUGCAGGCUGUGCAGCUACAUGACCCUGAGGGAGGAGUCCCUGCUCAGCCACAUCGAGAGGGACCACAUCACCGCGCAGGGGCCCGGCGGCGAGGCCUACGUGGAGAGCGGCAAGCCCGAGCUGCCCCCCGGGGAGUUCCCCUGCGAGGUGUGCGGCCAGGCCUUCAGCCAGACCUGGUUCCUGAAGGCGCACAUGAAGAAGCACAGGGGCUCCUUCGAUCACGGCUGCCACAUUUGCGGUCGAAGAUUCAAGGAGCCGUGGUUCCUGAAGAACCACAUGAAGGCGCACGGCCCGAAGACGGGGAGCAAGAACAAGCCCAAGAGCGAGCUGGACCCCAUCGCCACCAUCAACGACGUGGUGCAGGAGGAGGUGAUCGUGGCUGGCCUGUCCCUCUACGAAGUCUGCACCAAGUGCGGGAACCUGUUUACAAACCUGGACAGCUUGAACGCCCACAACGCCAUCCACCGCCGCGUGGAGGCCGGCCGGACGCGGGCCCCGGCCGGGGAGGGCGCGGCGCAGGGCGGCCCCGCCGACCCCCAGCGGCUCUUCCUCCAGUGCCUCAACCUGCGGCCCGCCGAGCCUGGCGCGCCCGCCCGCGGGCAGGCCGGGCGGCGCGUGGCCGAGCUGGACCCGGUCAACAGCUACCAGGCCUGGCAGCUGGCCACCAGGGGCAGGGUGGCCGAGCCGGCCGAGUACCUCAAGUACGGGGCGUGGGACGAGGCGCUGGCCGGCGACGUGGCCUUCGACAAGGAGCGGCGCGAGUACAUCCUGGUGAGCCAGGAGAAGCGCAAGCGCGAGCCCGAGCCGGGCGCGCAGGGCCCCCCGCGCAAGAGGGCGGGCGCGCCCGGGGACUCCGCGCCCGGGCCCCUGGACCCCCGGCCGGCCGUGCGCCCCAGCCGCCGCGCCGCCGCCCCCGCCGGCCACGGCAAGUCGUCCGAGUGCUUCGAGUGCGGCAAGAUCUUCCGCACCUACCACCAGAUGGUGCUGCACUCGCGCGUGCACCGGCGCGCGCGCCGCGACCGCGACCGCGACGUCCCCGGGGAGCGCGCGCCCCGCGCCCGCUGCGGCUCGCUCAGCGAGGGCGACUCGGCCUCGCAGCCCAGCAGCCCCGGCUCGGCCUGCGCCGCCGCCGACUCCCCGGGCUCCGGCCUGGCCGACGAGAGCGCAGACGAGGGCGCGGCCGACGCGGCACCAGGGGGAAGGCGACACCGCUGCUGCUUUGCUGAGGAUGUGGCCUCGACCGUGCUCUCCAACGGAGACCAGAGUCGUGCACGCGGAGAUCACACGUCAGACAGAGACGCAGGUGCACCCAGAGCAGGGGUCGCAGCCUCUGUGUCCGCACUUGAAAACAACGGCAGAGACGCUUCCAGGAGACCAGAGCGGCCCAGGUUCUCUAUGGACUUAAAGAUGCCAGCAUUUCAUCCCAAGCAAGAAGUCCCCAGCUCGAGGGACGCUGCAAACUUCCCGUCAAAUUCGGAUCAGACUUUUCCAGAAGGAGCAGAUCUGCAGCUCUUGUCAGAGAGCCAGGCCAGCCACCUGAAAGAGAAGCUGUCUGAUUUGCACAAUAAGGAGCAUUCUGGGGGAGGAAAAAGGGCUCCAGCCCCGGACCUGAUCCCGCUAGACCUCAGCGAACGGUCGACCCGGGAUGACCCCAGCCAUAAGGAAUUGGCCUCCUCGCUGCAAGCUGCUCUGGCCGUUCACCCAUGUCCUUACUGCAGCCACAAGACCUACUACCCCGAGGUCUUGUGGAUGCACAAACGCAUCUGGCACAGGGUCAGCUGCAACUCCAUGGCCCCCCAGUGGAUUCAGCCCAAUGGUUACAAAAGCAUCAGAAACAACUUGGUUUUCCUUGCCCGGAGCGGACGCACGGGCCCCCCGCCUGCCCUCGGGGGCAAAGAGUGCCAGCCUCUGCCCAUUGCUCGGUUCACGCGCACUCAGGUGCCAGGCGGGGCGCCAGGGCUCAAGGGCAGCUCCUCACCCCUGGGCGUGACCACGAAAGCCGCUAGCAUGCCUAAGAGCAAGGAGAGCCAUCCCGGGGGCCCCUGUGCGCUGUGGACGGCCGGCCCCGACGGGCAUAGGCAGACCAGACCUGGCCACAGCCCCGAGCAGCAUGGUGCUCCGGCACAGCUGCCCCCGCAGAGGCCCAAGCAGGAGGCCAGCCCCAGACCGGGGCCCGCAGCAGGUGGGGGCGGCUUCAGCAGAAGUGCCACCCCCACGCCCACUGUCAUUGCCCGGGUGGGCUCCCAGCCCCUGGCCAACAGCAGGCCAGGGGACAAGUAUGUCAUCCCCCCGACGGGGGCUGGCCUUGGCCCCCCAAAUAAGCACAGUGCCCCGGACCCCCUGAAAGCCAAAUUCAGCCCUCAGCCUCAGGGUCAGCCGCACGUGAAAGGUGAUGGGGGCCCCCCUCUACCUCCCCGAGAGCCCCCCUCCAAGGCCGGCCAGGAGCUGCGUCCGCUGGCUAGCUGUGGAGUGGGCUCCAGAGGGAACGCAGCCCUGCAGGCCCAGCCCGUCGUGCGCCCCAUCAAGCAGGAGCCUGCGUCCGAGGGCCAUGAGAAGCGCCUGGACAUCCUUAGUAUCUUUAAGACAUACAUUCCAAAGGACUUGGCUUCUCUCUACCAGAGCUGGGGAGCUAGCGGGCCUGCACUGGAGCACAGAGGGACGCUCCGGAUGCAGGCCCGCCCAGGAGACUUCGUCUGCGUAGAGUGUGGGAAGUGCUUCCACCAGCCCAGCAACCUCAGGACCCACAUGCGGGCUCACGCAGUGGCGUUUGAGUCUAAUGGCCUCCGAGGUGCUGAAGCCCACGCCACCUCUGCAGAUGCCCCCAAACAAGGGAGAGACCAUUCUAACACAGAUGCCGUCCAGACAGUGCCUCUCAGAAAGGGAACCUAAAGACACAUUUCCAGCGUACCCCGGUGCCCUGUGACAGCCAUCAGCAGUCCCCUCACGGAUGUCCCAACAGCCUCCCGACAGUGACCCUGGCUACCCCAUGGAAGAACAGCUGGACAUCUCCAGUCCUGGAGCUGCUGUGCUGGAGUGGAAACUGACGGGAGAUGCCUCUCCGUGUUAAACGUUUAACCAUAAAUGAAGAUGAGAUACUCUAGAAUUACAUGUAGAUACUCUAUAUGCACAUAUGUGCUCAUCGACCACAGUCCCAUAUUUUUCUUAAACAAUGAUAUUGUCAGGCAUAGUAGGAGCACAAGGCAUCUAUAUUGUUCAAGACAAGUUUGAGACACUGGAAAAAAGAUUCUUGUGUGUAUUGGACAGAGUGAAGAAGCUAAGCACUGUAAUAGAAGCCACCGACGCUCAGAAGGACUGUCGGGGUAAUGUCAGAACAAACAGAGGUGGAGUUGAGGUUGACAAAGUAUUAAUACCAUGGCCUCUCCUUGUCUUAGUGAGUAUUUAAAAUAGUAAAUGAGAGAGAGGCAGGAGGUGGCGUUCAGGUGCUGUGGAAACCAGGCUUGAUGGAGCAGGGCCCAGUGACAAGAUCCUCACUGUUCACAGGUUUGAUCGCACCCCUCUGGGGGCCGUUUGCCUUUCCCAUGUGCUCGUUCGUACUUUCCACCAUUGGUACUGAGUGAAUCCGGCAGAGGAAACGCGUCUAUGGGAAUGCUCACUUUCUGCUUCAGAAAAGAGAGCUAGCUGAACACUAAGAAAAGCAGGCUUCUUUGUUUAUUCUCAGGACCUUUUUGUAACAGGGCUACAUUCUGCAAACUGCUCACAAAGGAAGACUGCCCGUCUUAACAAAUUCUCUAGCCACUGACCC